CCUAGUCUGCCCAUAAGAACGGAGGUGGAGAUCUCUUGGAAGCCGCCACCUCCCGAGUGGGUCACUCUCAACUCUGACGGCUCAGUUCACACUAAUUCAGGCCAUGCUGCUACGGGUGGCCUAAUUCGAGAUCACACAGGACGUUGCCUGACAGCGUUCGCGAUUAACCUGGGGAAUUACUCUAUUACCUGGGCUGAGUUGAGAGGUGCUGUAGAAGGGCUGCAACUGGCUUGGGACACUGGUUUCAGACAUGUCAGAGUAGAGCUUGAUUCUCUCUGUGCAGUCCAACUCCUUGGGAAUUUGGACGAGCCAGAUCAUCACCAGGCAGCCAUUAUCCAGAGAUUCAAAGAGCUGCUCACUCAUCAAUGGGAAGUUGUUGUUUCCCACAUUUUUAGAGAAGGAAAUAAAUGUGUCGAUCACCUAGCUAGUCGUGGGCAUCUGUUGCCCCUUGGUUAUCAUUCUAUCCCCUGUUCUGACCCUACUUUGUGUAAUUUCAUUAUGUACGAUUGUCAGGGGCUCUCUGAACCCCGUUUGGUUUUGAAUGAAGGCUGA